UAUCGUAAUACAUGGAUUGGCCAAAAGAGGGCCUUCAGACAAUUUAACUGGACAAUAAAACGUUGAGCCAAAGGAAGUGUCGACUGACAGCGAGACAGAGGUUUUAUUUUUGCUCUCUUGGCUUUGAUAUAAGAACAUGUACAAUACGUGCGGUCUCCUUUUCCUUUCGUUUGGAUUUACCAUGCUGAAGAUCAUCAGCUGUUACAGCGGUGGAGCUCAAUUGGAGAGUGAAUGUCAAGAAAUGAAUAUCAAUCAUGGUGUACCACAACAAAACACUGAAGCCCCUUACAAGAUCAAACCAGAAUAUAUAAACGUGACAGAUUCUGAACUGGGAACGAACAUUACUGUGACGCUUUUGGCGGAUCCUGCUCAUUUUAGAGGUUUCAUGUUGGACGCUCGUAAGUCUGAGAAGUACAAGUCUGCUGGUUGGUUUAAUUUGACUGACCCGGUCAACAACGUACUCGUCUGUGGUGACCGUGCUGUGGCUCAAAGAAAUAACCUAAGAAAAACAAGAGUUGAAGUGUUGUGGACCCCCGAGGAGACUGGAGUUUUUUUCUUCAGAGCUGCAUUCGUUAAACAGUUCAAUAUGAUUUGGCCAAGGAAGCCUAUACUCAUGUCGACUGCUGCACCAACCACUGAAGCCACCAGUCACAGUACACAAACAAGUCCAACAGAUACGUCACAGACUGUACCACCAACCUCUGAAGUCACAGGUACACAAAAAUUCCCAACUACAAGCCCAACAACAUUUACAACAACAUCUAAUAUAGACUCACACGCUACAGUUGGACCAACACCGCCUCCUCAGUGUACACAAUAUACGAGAUGUGCUUUAGCACUGUUAUUAUUCAGUCGACUGUGUUUUCUUGGAGGCUGUUCUCUCCUGAUGAUCAUCAGACCAGUGUUGAAAAUGGCCACCAUGAUUGUGUCUGUCAUUGAAUUAGCCUCCAAAACUAUUGCUGUCAUCUUCAUACUAAUAAAACUAAUUCAAUAUGACUGCGAGUGUGAGUGUGAUAGUUUGCAGAUUGCGUUUACUGCUUUGACAGUGACUGCCAUGGUUUCAAGCAUACUGCACACCCUCACCAUUUUCCUUCACUGUGGACCAAGCCAUGAAUUAAGGAAGUGUUGGCUCUGUGCCCUCAUAAUGGUUGACCUAAUGAAUACUCUCAAUACAACAACUGCAAUAUUCUUUGGAAUAUGGUGCUUUAAAGAGCUCUGGCUGCCAGUAUUAAUGGGAGUUUAUGUUAUUUGGGAGUUCAUGCUUUAUCUUGGCUCAGUUUGCUUUGAAAAGAUGGAAAAAUACCAGUCAAGAGGAAAACUCAGAAAAAAUCUGAAUCAUAUUUCGGAAAAGAGGAUAUCCCCAUGGUCGUUUAUGUUCAGCAUCUUUUUAGUGUUUAAUGUUAUGUUUACAGCUGCACUCAUGACAGGAGUGUCUUUGGUCAAAAUGGAAAAUUGUUGAAGGAACAUCUGGAGAUUCUUUGGUUAGUGAAUGUUGUCAUCUUGGUACGUUUGUAGGACUGAGCGAAUAUGGGUGCAACCUUUUACAGCCCUAGUACAUGAAUAACAACUUCAAUGGAGUCAGAUAAGUAGCUGAAUUAUGCACAUCAUCUUUCGACUGCUUUUUUAUGAUUAUUGGUUCAAAAUAACAGUGUAAAGGAUAACUAGAUAACUAUAACAAAAACAAUAAAGUUUUAAUUACUGUUCUAAUUGUAUGAGAACAGAGAAGUCCACAUCACAGCUAUAACAAUAACACAGAUGGACAAUAUCGUUGGAAUCACUUUCAGAUUGAUUUUUUUCCAGCUGAUGAACAAUAAAAAACAUUGUCAGCCAAUCAAAACCCACUCAAACUUUAACCAGCAAAUGACAAAACGUCAAUGCACAUUUACAAUAAACAGAACAUCAUUGUGCGUUAGUGUGAACGCUAAAAUAGUUAUAGUUUUUGGUGAACGGGCCUUAAGAUUUAUUACUUUAUUACUUAUUUUUUUCUUACACGUUAACUAACUUACUGUGCAAUAAAUAAUUGUAUGUAUAUGUAGAUGCUGUUUUAUCAUUGUUCUUUUUAUUAUUGUAAGUUACUGUAAGUGAAGGAGUACAGUGGUGUUAAAAACACUUUUUUAAAAUCUUCAUUUUGGUUACUCUUCCAAAUUAAGUGCACUUAGCUAUACGUCACAACGUAUGUUAAAUAAAGACAUUCACCAAAUAUUUUAUUUAUAAUAGACAAUAUAUUCAUACGAAGAUAAUUACCCCAUAAACUGUUUCUGAGGUUGUGUCUGUUUCAGUGUUUUGACAUCAAAAGAUUUACACAACUACAAUCAUGCAAUACUCCAAUAUAUAAAAUACUAACUAAACAGUUUGAAUAAUAGACCCUGUGUUGUACUUCCUGAUGUGUCUCUCAUUCCAUCAACUAUCAAAAUGUAUUGACAGGGCAAAACCCCAGUUCUGUUUACUUUUCUGCUUGACUGACGACAAUUCAAAUAAAAGCUCAAGACCUGAGUUAUUUCUAUAGAACAAUGAAACUGUGCUUACAAGAACUUUGGACUUGUAGAUAUCUCGUUAUGAAUCUUCCUGGGGCGUUUACAGUAGGCUACGUGACUGUGUUGAGUCACCGGCAGACCCACAAUCAGUUUGCAAUCGCUCCUCCGUGUGUGUGUGUGUGUGUGUGUGUUUUCUGCAACUUGAAUAGUUUGCUUAUGCUUUCAGCUACCGUGUAUUUGUGUUCACAGUAGCCUACAUACUGAAAUUAAAAUUGAAGUCCAUUAUAUGUAUUUUGUCGCACGAUGGUGCCAGUUAGCUAUUUUAUUGUGUGCAUUGAUGUGAGGAACAUCAAUUCAUUAGAGGUAGGAUAUGGAUGCGAUUCGCUUGAUUAAUAAUUAUGAAUGUGUAAUAACUACAACUCAUAAAUUCUACAAAGAGGUAAAUGAGCAUCAGAAUAACCCAGGCACUAUUUUGUAACAUUCUUGAUUCCCGUAGACUGGUGCGAUGCGGGAAGUCUUGGAUUUGGUUAAAAGCAAUAGAAUUAUACACUAGGCAUUAAAAAAAAAAAGUCUCAAGCAUUCACCGAUGCUCCAGAAGAAGGAAACACGAUGCAUUAAGAGCCGGGGGGUGAAUACUUUUUGAAUUUGGAGAUCAAGGUAAAUCGUACUUAAUUUGUCUUCCGGGAAACAUGCAAGUAUCUUCUGUUGCUUCCGAAGGGCAGUAGCCUACUAAAUGAAAAAAAAAAAAAGAAGAUAUUUCAACAAAAUAAGAAAAAUUUGGACAUCUUCAUCCUGUUCAAAAGUUUUCACCCCCAGCUCUUAAUGCAUCGUGUUUCCUUCUGGAGCAUCAGUGAAUGUUUGAGCCUUUUUUAAUAGUUGUGUUUGAGUCCCUCAGUUGUCCUCAGUGUGAAAAGAUGGAUCUCAAAAUCAUACAGUCACUGCUGGAAAGGGUUCAAAUAUCCCUGCUAAAAAAAAAAAAACAAUAGAAGCCCAAUAGAAACCAUCACAGAAAUUCUAAUGGUUUCCAUUAAAAUACCAUUAGAAACCAUUAGCUUUUUCCAGUAAAACCAUUACAAAAUUCCUUUUUGGAGUGUGUUUUGGGAAUUUUUCCAAUAGGAUUUAACAUCCCACCAACAGAACCCAUCACAUACCAGUAGACACCAUUAUAGUUUCCAUUAAAACCAAUACAAUUCCCAUUAUAACCAUUAAAACCAUUACAUUUUCUAUUGUGUUUUGGGCAGGGUUCUGUUGUUUUUUUUCAGCAGGGAUGCAAAAGAUGCUGGAAAACUGAACAAUAUACAGGACACUGAGGAUUUUUAUGAAGAACAGUGCUAAGUUUAACUGUUCAGAACAAACAAGGAACUCAUGAACAACCAUCACAAAACAAAAAAACAGCCGUAGAUCAUCCAGGUAACCACACACAGUAUUAAGAAGGGUUCCCAAACUCUUGAAGGGGGUUAUUUUAAUAAUUUCAGCUAUUUUGUUGUCUUGUGGACAAUAUGUAAACAUCUUUUAUGUAAAAUAUCUUACUCAGGACAGUACUAAAUAAAAAAAUAACACGCAUUUUGUAUGAUCUCUCUUAUUUUGUUAAAAUUAUUCACAUUUUCACAGAUUCUGCAAGGGGUUCCAAAACUUUCACAUGCCACUGUGUAUAUAUAUAUAUAUAUACACACACACACACACACACACACACACACACUACCAGCCAAAAUGGUUUGAUCCAAAGUACAGCAAAAACUUAAUUUCCCCCUCCCAUAAUUUCUCCUGCUUUGAUCACAAAUAAUAAAAAUAUGUGUGCAAAAAGAGUCAAAUUUAGAUAAAAAGAGUCAAAAUCUGACUUUUUUUUUGGAUCAAAUAAAUGCAGGCAUGUUGGGCAGAACAGACUUCUUUAUAAAAAAAAAAAAAUUAAAAUCUUACAGUUCAAAAACUUUUGCCUGGUUGUGUACAAUAAAUAAACAAACUUUUUAAAAGUAUCAGCAUUUUAGAAUGACUUCUGAAGGAUCCUGUGACAGUGAAGCCUGGAGUAAUUGCUGCUGAAAAUUCAGUUGCGCCAUCACAGGAAUAAAUUACAU